CAACUGGAACCAAGCCCUAAGAACUACACGUGAGAGAUCAAAGACUAUCAGUUUUUACUCUAGCACUAUCAGUAAUGGAUAUUGGAAUAUUGGAAGUAUUCGAGAUGUUUGCUUUUGUUUCUUAUCGUCACAAUAAAGGAUAACACUGAAAUAUAUGAGGCGCCAGGUGUGUAUUUUUCCGCAGGUUACUCUGGGAUUUAGUUUUACAGCCUAUUACUGGUUGGGUUCUGCGUAGCUAAGUAUCAUAUAAUACCAUAUCAGUUGGCUAAAUUGGAUUUCUCCUUCUAACCAGAAAAAUUCAAAACUACGACGAAUAGGAAAGUAACAUAACCACUUACAUGCCACUCAAACCUAUUGUAAACCCUACAGUAUCACCCUAAUUGAAAGAUUACAUAUUUCACUAUGGCAACAGAAGGUGUUGGUAGCACUGAGUCAGAUGCUUCUGUUGAGGCAUGGUGGCAGAGUUUUUUGAAACAAAAAACUUGCUGAUGACGAGUUAGAUGAAGAGCUCCGAUCUGCAUGGGAGAAUUGUGUACAGAGACGUGCCAAAUUUGCUGAAGAAGUCAAACGGAUAAUGGAAUUAUACCAACCUAUCGAAAAGUUGCUCAACAGUGCGCUGGGCUCUGAUCGUGAACAACGAGGUCAAGGUCUUUACAGAGAGUGGGGUAAAAUACGUCGAAAAGAAUGCCUUUUGGCUUAUUAUGACAAUGAUACGUUUCGGGCAACAUACACUCGACAACGAUAUUUGAAUAGUGCUACUAGUUUCCUACAGGCUUUAGUUUAUCGAAUCAUACCAGAAAAUCCAGAUGUAGAGUUAUAUCUACGACAUAAUGUUAGUCGUAUAAUCAGUAUUGGUGUUGGGCCUGGACCAGAUAUAGCUGCUUAUUUAGCAUAUGCACGUUGUCGAGGUUUUACACAACGUAUUGUAUAUUAUGCUAUUGAUCAAUGUGCUGGUUGGGGUAAUUAUCUAGCCGCUUUUGAUCGUCAAUGGUCAACAGAAUAUCAAGUUUCAGUAUGGUUUAAAAGUUAUCGUUUCGGUAAACGUGAAGAUGUUGAAACAUUGCCUAAUGCUGAUAUGAUAGUGUUCAGUUUUGCUAAUACAGCUUUAAUGGCUAGUGCUAUCUGGCCACUUUUACAACAACGUUAUCGAUUGAUUGUAGUAUUGGAUGGAAUUAAAGAAGUUGUAGUUGAUAGUUUCCUUGAUGCUGGAUUCAAAGACUUUACGCUUACUGAACGGACAAACGUUUAUUACCAUUUUGCUGGUGGAUCUGUUCAGAGUGAAAAUGAUAAGAUUCAGUUGAUGAAUUAAUUCUUCUUGAGAGAUGACACUUUUACUACACCAACCGCACCCCCCUCCCCCCUGCCUAUCAUACAACCUUUUUUAUACUUCAUAAAUAUCCAUUCUCUUCUUUUGUUUCCUAAUGUUUAUGUCAACCUUUUUAUCAUUCUAACUUUAUUGUAUUAAAUUAAUGAAAAUUUUUUUAUUUAUAUAUUGAUAAGUUUCUUCAAGAAUUUUUAGAAAUCUUUGGCGUUUACCAUCUUGGAACAAUUAAGGAAAGUUUGAACAGAUCAUUCAUUGUUGUGAACAUUUAGAAAAGUACCAUAUAUGUAUAUAUUCCACUAGGAUAAGAGGGUGGCUUUAUGACAAGAAAAAUAAAUCCCUCUGUUGUCAACACUUUAAUAUACUGUCAUCGGUUCAUUGCAUUGCAUUGCAUUGUAUAUACAUACUUGAUGCUGCUUUUCAUGAAAUGUAAAUCUAAAAGAACUGGCUCUUAAUUUGACCUUUUUUAUUGAUUUGUAAUUUCUUACGAAACGAUUACAGAUAUUUUUGUAGGA